UAGAGAUCAGACCAUGUGAGGGCCGGAGAGUACAAAUAGCGCGGUGGGCGCGGGCUCCGCACGCAGCGGCCGCGGGCCUCGAGGGCGCGAGGGUGGCCCGCAGCCGGAUCAGCCGUGCAGGGUGUCCAAGAGAGAAAAACAAACCAAAUCUAGAACACAUUGUUUGGCUGACAAUGACUGUGGCUGCCUUCUCCCUUCCCCAGGGUUCAUCUUCUGGGAUGGUCCUUCCCCUACAUCACCCUCAUCCCUGGAUUUAAGUUAGAGCUCUCAAUCUUGUCACCAUAACAUUCAGAGGAGAUCCACAAAGCCAAGAACCAAGAACUAGUUUGGGUCCUUGGUAGAUGGGCAUCAGUAUCAUCUACUAGCCAGCAGGAUGGAGACCACACCCCUGAAUUCCCAGAAGGCACUUUCAGCAUGCAAGGCUGGAGAGGACUGUCUGGAAAACAGUGUUCUACAGAAGGGCACCCCCACCUCAGGGGACAAGGCAGAGUCUAGCCGAAUAUCCAAUGGGUACUCUGCAGUUCCCAGCACCAGUGCAGGGGAUGAUGCUCAGCACUCUAUCCCAGUAGCCACCACCACCCUGGUGGCUGAGAUUCAUCAAGGGGAGCGGGAAACUUGGAACAAGAAGGUGGAUUUUCUCCUCUCUGUCAUUGGCUAUGCUGUGGACCUGGGCAAUGUCUGGCGUUUUCCAUACGUAUGCUACCAGAAUGGAGGAGGUGCCUUCCUCCUGCCCUACGCUAUCAUGGCCAUCUUUGGGGGGAUCCCACUCUUUUACAUGGAGCUUGCACUGGGCCAGUACCACCGAAAUGGAUGCAUUUCUAUAUGGAGGAAAAUCUGCCCGAUUUUCAAAGGGAUUGGCUAUGCCAUCUGCAUCAUCGCCUUUUAUAUUGCCUCCUACUACAAUACCAUCAUAGCCUGGGCGCUUUACUACCUCAUCUCCUCCUUCACGAGCCAGUUGCCCUGGACCAGCUGCAUGAACUCUUGGAACACUGGCAACUGCACCAACUACUUCUCUGAGGACAACAUCACCUGGACUCCCCAUUCCACAUCCCCUGCUGAGGAAUUUUACAUGCGUCAUGUCCUGCAAAUCCACCAGUCCAAGGGACUCCAGGAACUGGGGGGCAUCAGCUGGCAGCUUGCUCUCUGCAUCAUGUUUAUCUUCACCAUUAUCUACUUCAGCAUCUGGAAAGGUGUCAAAACAUCAGGCAAGGUGGUAUGGGUGACAGCCACCUUCCCUUAUAUCAUCCUUUCUGUCCUGUUGGUGAGAGGGGCCACCCUCCCUGGAGCCUGGAAAGGGGUCAUCUUCUACUUGAAACCCAAUUGGCAGAAACUCCUGGAGACAGAAGUGUGGGUGGAUGCUGCUGCUCAGGUCUUCUUCUCUCUUGGUCCAGGCUUUGGGGUGCUCCUGGCUUUUGCUAGUUACAACAAGUUCAACAACAACUGCUACCGAGAUGCCCUGGUGACCAGUAUGGUGAAUUGCAUGACCAGCUUCAUUUCGGGCUUUGUCAUCUUCACGGUGCUUGGGUACAUGGCUGAGAUGAGGAACGAAGAUGUGUCUGAGGUGGCCAAAGAUGCAGGCCCCAGCCUCCUCUUCAUCACAUAUGCAGAAGCUAUAGCCAACAUGCCAGCAUCCACAUUCUUUGCCAUUAUCUUCUUCCUCAUGUUAAUCACACUGGGCUUGGACAGCACGUUUGCAGGACUGGAGGGCGUGAUCACAGCUGUGCUAGAUGAGUUUCCACACGUCUGGGCCAAGCGCAGGGAGUGGUUUGUGCUCAUUGUGGUCAUCACAUGUGUCUUCGGAUCCCUAAUCACACUGACUUCUGGUGGGGCCUAUGUAGUGAAGCUGCUGGAAGAGUAUGCCACGGGCCCUGCAGUGCUCACCGUGGCACUUAUAGAAGCAGUUGCUGUGUCUUGGUUCUAUGGUAUCAAUCAGUUCUGUAGUGAUGUGAAGGAAAUGCUUGGCUUCAGCCCUGGAUGGUUCUGGAGGAUCUGCUGGGUGGCCAUCAGCCCCCUGUUUCUCUUGUUCAUCAUUUGCAGUUUUCUGAUGGGCCCACCUCAUCUACGACUUUUCCAAUAUAAUUAUCCCCACUGGAGUAUCAUUCUGGGUUACUGCAUAGGAACUUCAUCUAUCAUCUGCAUCCCUAUGUAUAUAAUUUAUCGACUGAUCAUCACUCCAGGGACACUUAAAGAGCGCAUCAUUAAAAGUAUUACUCCAGAAACACCAACAGAAAUUCCCUGUGGGGACAUUCACUUGAAUGCUGUGUAACAGACACCAAUGGGAGGGAAAGGCUUCCCAGUCACCUCUUUCAUGUCCCACCUUGCUUUCUCCCCUCUAAGUUGAAUGAGUUUCCAGCCAAGCCUGAUGAUGGAAAGUCCUUCUUCAUGGACAUGCAGUCCUAAAAGACUAUGGUGCCCAGACUCUUGUGGCUUCCAACCACUUCCCUCCAUGAAAACUCCUGGACAUAUUUGCUACAUUAGAUGGUGACACAGUUGAACUGGCCUCUUUUGGACAUGUGGGGGGGUGUAUUGAGGUGAUGAAAUCUACCCAAUCAUCAGUUAGCAUUAGUUUUAGAAUUAAGCCUGUGAGAGUCUCCUGUAUCUUUGUUUUGGUGUGAUCAUGUUAUCUGACAUUUGUUUGCUUCUAAGACUUCAUUGUUCAUGAAUCCAUACAUCUAGGAGAAAUACAGGGAUGUCUUGCUAGCCAUAUAUUUUCUGAGCAGCAUAGAAUUCUAUAGCUAGAAUCUAAUAGAGCCUUCUAACCCAUGUGCUGCUGUGGAAUCAGGAAAGGAAAACAUAAAGAUGCUAAACUGAAAAAUAAUGCAUCUGUGUCUGUACAGUGUUGUGUCUGUGAACUCUUAUCUUAUUCCCAAUACUUUGAGUCCAUUACAAACUAUAUAAACUUGCCCUAAUUUUUCUUACAUUA